GUAUUUGUGUGCGUGUAUACAACUUUUGUGUGCGAGCUGUUUUCGUGCUGUUGAGAAAAUUGCUAAAAAAUCAGGGAAAAUCUGCAAAUUCUGCAUUGAAAACUUCUGCAAAGGGUGCAAAGAGUCUCUGUGCAUUGGAAUUGAGUGAAAAUUCUCGGGGAAUCAGCUGAGAAAUAUGAAUAAAUAGCAAAAGUCGCUGAGGCGACGUUACCUGUCAAAGUUUUGCAGUGAAAGGAGUUUUUCUUGUUUUUCGGUGGAAAAUUCCUCAGGAAAAAGGUGCAGUGACGACUAGGACACAUCCAGGAAGGACCUCCGGGCCAAAGAUUCGAAUCACGAUGAAUAUAAACCAGCAAAAUAAUGGAAAUCAACAGAAUAACAACAACAACAACAACAAUCCAACAGGCAGUUUGGAAAGAGGAAGUUGCAUCCUGUUUCGGUAUGCAAGCCAGAAUUCCCUGGACGAGAGCUCCCAGAAGCAGAUCCCACGUCCCAAUACCAAGGACAAGGCCUCUGGAUCGUACAGAAGUCAGCAGCACACUCUACGAUGCUUCGAUAAGAUGAACGAGAUGAGAAGACAAAACCUCCUGUGUGACAUAAUCCUCGUUGCGGAGGACAUUGAAAUUCCCGCCCAUAAGAUGGUUCUUGCAUCGUGCAGUCCCUACUUCUAUGCCAUGUUUACGGGCUUCGAGGAAUCCCGACAGGAUCGAAUAACUCUCCAGGGGGUGGAUUACCAUGCCCUUCAGCUUCUCAUUGAGUACGUCUACACGUCUGUUGUGGAGGUGACGGAGGAGAAUGUUCAGGUUCUCCUCACAGCUGCGAAUCUCCUUCAGCUCAACGAUGUCCGCGAUGCGUGCUGUGACUACCUCCAGUCGCAGCUGGAUCCGAGCAAUUGCCUCGGGAUUCGCGAUUUCGCCGACAUGCACGGCUGCAUUGAGCUGCUCAACCAUGCGGAUGCGUACGUUGAGCAGCAUUUUGCGGAAGUUGUGCAGUUCGAUGAGUUUCUCAAUCUCACCCACGAGCAGGUGGUUAAUCUCAUUUCCAGCGAUAGAAUCUCCGUGCCAUCUGAAGAGAAAGUCUUUGAGUGCGUUAUUGGGUGGAUAAACUACGACGUCACGGUGCGGCAGCAAUAUUUGGCGGCCCUGAUGGAGUUUGUGAGGCUACCGUUGCUGUCGCAGGAAUACUUGGUGCAGCGUGUUGAGAAGGAGCCCCUUUUGAAGGGGGAUAUUCAGUGCAAGGACUACUUAAUUGAGGCAUUAAAGUAUCAUUUGCUUAAAGGAGAGAUUAAGGCUUCCUUCAAGACUCCCCGGACAGUCCCCAGACAGCCAGUGGGCUUGCCAAAGGUCCUCCUGGUAAUCGGGGGGCAGGCACCAAAAGCAAUUAGAUCUGUUGAAUGUUACGAUUUGCGCGAGGAGAAAUGGUAUCAAGCUGCUGAAAUGCCCACAAGACGAUGCCGAGCUGGACUUGCAGUACUCGGGGAUAGAGUUUAUGCUGUUGGUGGAUUCAAUGGAUCCCUCAGGGUGCGUACUGUGGAUGUAUACGAUCCUUCCACUGAUUCCUGGUCAACGUGCACAAGCAUGGAAGCUCGAAGAUCCACACUUGGGGUUGCAGUUCUCAAUGGAUUCAUCUAUGCGGUGGGUGGCUUCGAUGGCUCCACGGGGCUUUCAUCAGCGGAAUUUUAUGAUCCACGAAAGCAGGAAUGGCGCAUGAUUGCAUCCAUGUCAAUUCGAAGGAGUUCCGUUGGUGUGGGCGUCGUUACGGGGCUUCUGUAUGCUGUGGGGGGCUACGAUGGGGCGUCAAGGCAGUGCCUGGCGAGCGUUGAACGGUAUAAUCCAGCCACGGAUGAAUGGUCACAAGUGGCAGAGAUGAAGGCACGACGAAGUGGAGCUGGUGUGGGAGUUCUCGAUGGGAUUCUGUACGCUGUCGGGGGGCACGAUGGCCCACUAGUCAGGAAAUCCGUUGAGGCGUACAAUCCGGAGAGGAAUGUGUGGUACCCGGUGGCUGAUAUGGCCUUCUGCCGACGCAAUGCUGGCGUUGUGGCGCACGAUGGGUUGCUGUACGUUGUUGGGGGUGAUGAUGGCACGUCAAAUCUCUUCAGUGUUGAGGUGUACUGCCCGGAGACGGACACGUGGCGCACGCUGCCGGCAUCAAUGGGUAUUGGACGUAGCUAUGCGGGGGUGUGUAUAAUUGAUAAGCCCAUGUGAAUAGAGCAGCAGGGCGCAGCGGCGCGGUAUGCAAAUUGUGGGGCAGAUGAGGAGAAUAGCCAGGCCGAGGGGUCUGGUGAAGGUGCUGUGGGUUAUGCUCAGAAUACUCCACCCACCUCAGCGCACUCCGUUAAUCCCCACUACGAGAACAUCUAUGAGUCAAUUGACCAGUAUGCUGCCGCUCCUGCCGCCCCUGCUGCCCCAAAUACAGCUGAUGCCCACGAGGGGCAUCCCUUCCGGAUUCAACCACAGCGCUCCAGUGGCUACCGCAAUGAACUCUACGAUCGCACAGCUGGCUACGAUGUACCGCGUCAGCUGAGAACAAACUUCAACACAAACUCCGUUGGUAGCACAAGAAGGGCUAAUCUUCAUCUCGAUCUCAAUCCCAAUCGUCCCAGGUACACCUCAGCUAGUCGCCCACAUCGACAGCGAAGCUUCGACGACACCGAAUCCUAUCACUACAACAACUACAUUCGCUAUGAGAAUAUUUACGAACAAAUCCGGGAAGAUCCCAUCUACCGGCAAAGUAGCUCAGCCUCCGGAUCUCGUGUCUAUGGGCGAUUGGAUGUGAUUGGUCAUGGAAUUGGGCGUAUUGAACGACAUCUCAGCUCAUCCUGUGGGAAUAUUGAUCACUACAACCUUGGGGGGCACUAUGCUGUCCUUGGGCAUUCCCAUCUUGGCACAGUGGGGCACAUCCGGCUAAAUGCCGCCAGCGGGAAUAAAUGCUGCGACCCUAAAGAUCCCACAAAUGGCGUCAAGAGUAGCUAUAGCUUCUUCAGUUGCCUCGGAGGGGAGAAUUCGCAGAGUAUGAAUAAUAUUUAUCGGGCAACGAAUGGAGGAGGCGCACAGAGGGACAAUACCCCAGCAGUUAGAGGUACCUUCCCGGCUGUGAGACCCACAGGGGCUAUUCCCAAGCAUAGCAAGGGCAAGAAGCAACAAUCAGCAUCGAAUCACACAUCAACCCUCAAUAGAAUCUCCAAAUCUUCCCUUCAGUGGUUGCUGGUCAACAAAUGGCUCCCCCUGUGGAUUGGUCAGGGCCCGGAUUACAAGAUAAUUGACUUUAAUUUUAUGUUUUCGCGCAAUUGUGAAGGAUGCGGGGACGAAGGGAAUCAUCAGCAGGGGUUGGUGCGUUUCAAUGGGCAAGCUGAGAUGCGUCCCAGGGCAGAGACUGAAGGGCACCGACGACUUGUGUGCAACAAUCAAUCCGUAGCGAGGGUCAGGGAGUGCGAAUAUGGCAGUCGUAGGGACAAUUGGUGGCCGGAAUCCCCAAAAUUGGGAACUUAUGACGUUCCACGCGCUCACAGGCAGCAAUCCCCGUUCCUGCGGACUCGCUCUGAGAGCCCCAGCUUUGCCCAACGUGCCAACAUUGCGGAUCCCUUCCGGAAUUGGGAGCUAAAUACGGAGAAUAAUAGUUUCCGGCCGGCAAAUGGGCGUGUGAGGGAUGUCAAGAGGAUCACAGAUGGCACGUACAGGGCUAAAGAUUUGCGAGAGCCCAGCGCAGCAGCCACGAGUGAGAGAUCCGCUUCACCAAUCCCAUCAACAUCUCGUGGCAUUGUACGAAGUAAUCCACAGUCGUCAGAUGACGACAGGACACCUCCACAGUCAGCAGCAGCACCCAAAGGACGUCCCGUAGAUGAUACAUCGUCGUCUGAAUCAAUGAGAACUGCCGAAAGGGAAGCAAUGGAGGGUAGUAGUGAUGAUUCUCUAGGGGCUACAGCCUCUGUCCAGCAAACAAGUGAAGGGAACUCCGACAAUGCCGAAGAAGAUCAAAUAGAUGAUGAUGAUUUUCCGGAAAGUGAUGAAGUAACUCCAACCGAGUCAAAAUUAAAUUAGGUCACAUCCUUAAGCGCGCUCUCUCUCUCUCUUAAAAGCAGGAAAAUAAUUCAAGGAGAAAGCCCGUUGAAUAUAAUUAAGUCUGUGGUGGAGUGGUCUGGUGGUGAGGAGAAGAAGCAAGAAAAAACGUAAGUGAUAUUCGCUCUGACUAAAUGUAUUUUAUAUCAAGACAAUUCAUGAUGAUUCUAAGGCAAAAAAAUAAGAGAGAUUUGCAUAAUAAAAUUUCCUUAAUUAAUUCGGGUUUAAUUAAUUAAUUUUACAAAAAAAAUAUUAAAUUAGAUUUAAUACAAAAUAUACAAAAUAAAGGGGAAGCGAAUGAAGGAAAUUUAGUUUUAGUUUCAAUAAAAUAAUUUUAUAGCCUUCCUUUGUCGUAUAAAGCAAAGUUCUAAAUACAGAACACAACAGAAGAGAUUUUAUGGGAAAUUUUCUACUCUAUUAAAUUGAGAAAUUAGUUUUUCUUUUGCCACAGACUUUUCUGAAAUCUUUGCGUGACUAACUCCACCCCCAUCCACCCUAAUGGUCUUUCUUAUACCUCAAAAUUUAGUAAUUUACUAAAGAAACAAGUCAAGAAAUUGCAAAGCACAUAAAAAAGCUAACUAAUGAACUUUUAAUUGACAAUUUAACCAAAGUUAAAAGAAUCGUUAUGAAAAGUUAUUAAAUACCGUAAAGGCGGGUAAUUUUACCUAAAAAUUAGAGCUUAUUUUUUUGGCAAUAUCUCACCGUCGUUUUACGAAUUAAGGGGAUAAUUAUAGUGACAAAACUAGGAGUUUUCUGAAAAAACUGAAGCCAUCCCAGCUUCCGUAAGGCUGCCAUCUUGAAAAAAAACAUUAAAAUAUUAGUUUUAUAGUAUUUAAUCGGUUCUAAUGAAGCUAAAGAAAUCUGAAAUUUUAAUAUUUUUUAAAGUUCAAUAACUAGAUUACUUUAAGGCUUUUUAGGGCUCAUUUUAUUACUAGAUGAAAUCUUGGAAAAAGAACAAUUUUUUUCAUCAUUAAUCUAUAAACUGACCGAUUUCAAGCCGCCAUUUUUAACUCUUAAGCUUUGAUUGAUUAUUUCUUUUAAAAUUUUCAAAUUAAUUAAAAAAAUCGUGUUUUUAAACAAAAGCUGAUAGGUUAGAAUCGAUAGAAUACAUAGGUCAUAUAAUUGAGUGAUUCUCAAGAAAUUAACUCCCGGAAAGAGAAGCCUGUUCAAACCUUUUCUGGAUAAUUUGAAAAGUUUUCGACUUAACCUUAAAAAUACAUAUUGUGAGAGUUGGAAUGAUGCAAAAUAAGACUUCAGUCUUAUUAUUUUCAAAGUUCCCGGACUAAAAUAGCAAAGAGGUUAUGUAAUUACUUUAAAAUCAGAACCUUUAAAAGUAAGGGUGACAAGUUUCAAAUAAAGAACUAUAUUCUCCUCUAGAUCUUGUAAGACUGAAUAUAUUUAUUAAAGGCUCCAACAGAUGGACGAGAAAUUUCUCGUGCGGUGCGGUGCGGCGAGGAUUUCGUGGCCCAUCGUCGCUUCGGAUUGGCCGAAAAACGUUCUCGCACGGUGCGAUGAGAGUGUGUGAGCCAUCUCUCGCUUCUGAUUGGCCGAAAACCUCGCCGCACCGCACCGCACGAGAAAUUUCUCGUCCAUCUGUUGGAGCCUUAAUUUAAAAAAUCUUUUUUUUUUUUUAAAUGGCGACAGAAGUUAUCAAAAUUUUAAAUGAAGCCGAAUAAAUUAGAGAACAUUUUUUAAUAUUCAUUUUAAAAAUAAUAUUUUUUUAUUUUUUUAAAAAAAUGCAAAAUAAACACAAAAAUGUCUAAAAAAAAAAAACAAUUUGCUAAAUAUUAAACCAUUUUUGGGUAAAUUUGCCACUCUUUACGGUACGCGUUGCUUUCAAAAUAUUGACUGACUGAGCCUAAAAAUAAUUUUCUCGUAAAAUAAGACAAUCUUUGUUAAAAUAUAUUUUUUGUAAAUUAAUUUUAAUAUCUUCUAUAUCAAAAAGGAUUUAUUUUAUAGCUGAAUUUAUUACUAAAUAUAAUGAGAAUUAUUUUGUUGAAUAAGCAUGCCAAAGAGACCAAAGCUGUCUCUAUAUGAGCCAACAAAUAAGAAAGAUAAACAGGGCUUUUAUAUGCCCUAAUUGGGGGCAAUUAUUUCAAAUUAAUUCCAUCGAAAAGAGCGAAAAUCACUUUCUUUUGGGCAUUUAGUGCAAAAAGCCCACAUAAAAUCCCACCGCAAACUUUGGGGAAAAUCGUUGUAUUUGCAGUUGUGUUGAUUUCAUUUUAUACCUUCAUCAUCCACCACGUAUAGAGGCCUAUCUUAUUAAAUUUUCACAGAAAGCUUUCUCUAUCAUGUGUUGAGGAGGGGUGGAAGGAGAUGGGGGUUAGGGGUGAAUUUUCCCAGCAGAGUGUUGAGAAGGAGGAAGAGAGAGAGAAAAAUUUAAUAGGGGAGAAAAACAGCAAGAGGUAACGAAUUUUUCUCAUAAUAAAUCUCAUUAUUCACUCUUCCUAUCCCCCAGUGUAGGAUAGGAGUACUCUCUUCGUAUAUUUUAAGCCUCCAACAUCUAUCUCAUUUAUAUGUAUUUCUUCUCUAAAAUCAAAUAUUUCUUCUAAUGGAGUGCGUUGAGAGAUUUUGAAUUUUUUAUUUGCUCACCUCGCGUGUUGAGAAUUAUUUAAAGAGAAUGAUCUAUGGGGAGGCUUUAAAAGUUUUUCUUUUUUUUUCAAAUUUAUUCAAAGGAAUAUUCUACAAUGAAAAUAAAAUUAAAAUAAUAAUCUCAUCAUAUUUAUAGGAAAAUUUUGAAUUUUUUUGUGUGAUAGUUGAAUUUAGUAGAUAGGAAUGUAGUUUAAUGGAUUUUAAAAAUACAUUAAAAACAUAUUUAAUGUGUAGAGUUGGAUAAGCUAAAAACUAAUUGUUAAGACAAUGAAUAUAAUUCAACGUAUUAUUACCUAUAAAAUUUGCAGAAAUGUUUUACUCUGAAAAUGAUUUUGCAAAGAAAAAAAAACUAAAAAUUUCCAUUCAACUCUCAUGAAGAGAAAAUAAAAUAUAGAUUAAAUAACUUUUGAAGCAAUUUCUAAAACAAUUUCCCGGAAAAAAUACGAAUAACUUUGUUGCUUGUUUCUUUUUUUAUUCCUAAUAAAACUAUGAAACUUUUAUUUUUUGUAACCGCAUGAGCAGAGAGGAAGAAGAACAAAGCUAAGUUAUUGCUUCACAUAGAGAAGAAAAAAAGAAGAAUAAAACAUUUCUUCGGGGCAUUUAAUGUGGAAAUACACUUAAUUUCCGUUGAGAGCUUCGUUCUUGUGAAUGAUAAAUAAAUGCUUACAACGCAUGAAUGAAAGAUCCAAAGAGAUUUUUUCAUAUUCCUCCGUGGAAGUCUUUUUUUCUUAAAUAAAUUUUUCAUAACAAUCCCAUGACCUUAUCAAGUAAAAUCAUUUGCGGAGUGAAACAACAUUAAGAAAAAUAAAAUAACAAAAGUUCAUAAGAGAGAAGCGCCCGAGAGUGGUGCAAUAGUAAAAGAUUUGCAGUGAAAGAAACUCUUAAGUUUGAAUUUAAUUUAUUUCCAUGUGAUAUUGUUACUAUAAAAUGAUAAAAGCAAAUGACGAAGGAAAAUAAGAAGUAAAAAAGGGAGACAAAGACAUUUUGUUGCAGUAAAAUGAUUAUUUUCUUUUAAUAAAAACCCACAAGCUUUUGGUUUGAUGGAUUUUUCUGUUGUCGCCAUGCUACGAGAAAAAGGAUAAUAUAAUAGAAAAGUAAGGAAAAGCGAGAGACGAGAGUCUGAGACGGAAAAGAUUAAAUUAGAAUUUCAAUUGAGAAUAAACUAUUACAAUAUUAAAAUGUAGAUUUAAAUUAUGGAAAAAUAAAGAAGAGAAAAUCAAUUAAAA